CACAAACUCAUUCUCAAUUUCAGAAAACAAAGUAAAAACACCAUUGAAGAAAUAUGAAGCGAUUCAUAGUCCUUGCCCUUUGUUUGCUUAUGGUUCUUGAAACAACAAUGGGUCUAGAUUUCCAUGACAAAGAUGUGGAAUCGGAGGAUAGCUUGUGGGAGCUGUACGAGAGGUGGAGAAGCCACCACACGAUAGCUCGGAGCUUUGAAGAGAAGGCGAAGAGGUUUAAUGUGUUCAAGCACAACGUGAGACACAUCCACGAGACCAACAAGAAGGAAAAACCUUACAAGCUCAAGCUCAAUAGGUUUGGUGACAUGACAACUGAUGAAUUUAGAAGGUCAUAUGCUGGUUCGAACAUCAAACAUUAUAGGAUGCUUAAAGGUGAAAGACGAGCAACAGGAAAAUUCAUGUAUGCAAAUGUUAAUGCGCUCCCGACCUCGGUUGAUUGGAGAAAGAAUGGAGCUGUCACUCCUGUCAAAAACCAAGGCCAAUGCGGAAGCUGUUGGGCGUUUUCAACAGUUGUGGCAGUGGAAGGUAUCAACCAAAUAAAAACGAAAGAGCUGACAUCACUAUCAGAGCAAGAGCUAGUGGACUGUGAUACGAAUGAGAACCAAGGGUGUAGUGGAGGUCUUAUGGACCUUGCUUUUGAGUUCAUCAAGGAGAAAGGAGGACUAACGAGCGAGCUAGUGUACCCUUACCAAGCUUCUGACGAAACAUGUGACAAAAACAAGGAAAAUGCUCCGGUGGUUUCAAUCGAUGGACACGAAGAUGUUCCUGAGAACAGUGAGGAUGAUCUAAUGAAAGCUGUUGCUCAUCAGCCUGUCUCUGUUGCCAUUGAUGCUGGAAGUUCAGACUUCCAGUUCUACUCCGAGGGAGUGUUUACGGGGCGAUGUGGAACAGAGCUAAACCAUGGAGUUGCAGCAGUAGGUUAUGGAACAACGAUAGAUGGAACAAAGUAUUGGAUCGUUAAGAACUCUUGGGGAGAGGAAUGGGGAGAGAAAGGAUACAUACGGAUGCAAAGAGGAAUCCGUCAUAAGGAAGGUCUAUGUGGUAUUGCUAUGGAGGCUUCUUAUCCUGUCAAGAACUCCAACACUAAUCCUUCCGGACCUUACUCCGCCACGCUUAAGGAUGAACUUUAAAGCUUUCUAUAUUAAUAUUUUACAAGAAAAUAAGUAUUGAUUAUGAUUUGUUUAUGAUAGCUUGUUUCUUUUAGUAUGAUGAUGUGGUUAAUAUAUAAAUGGAAUCUCUUGAAUUUAUUGCUAAUUUAUAAACGGA